GUCGCGAGGGGCGGGCCGCUCGGGUCCAGGCCGUCCUCGGGCGGGCCAUGGCGGAGCAGCCGGGGGUGGAGUCCGGGCCCCAGAGCGGCGGCGCGGCCGGGCCCCGGAGCUCGCCGGUCCACGAGCACUUCUCCCGGACCGAGAUGGACGGGCGGGCGGCGGCCAGGCCCGGCAUGGAGCGCUGGCGCGACCGGCUGGCCCUGGUGACGGGGGCGUCGGGGGGCAUCGGCGCGGCGGUGGCCCGGGCCCUGGUCCAGGAGGGACUGAAGGUGGUGGGCUGUGCCCGCACUGUGAGCAACAUCGAGGAGCUGGCUGCUGAAUGUAAGAGUGCAGGCUACCCCGGGACUUUGAUCCCCUACAGAUGCGACCUGGCCAGUGAGGAAGACAUCCUGUCCAUGUUCUCGGCGGUGCGCGCUCAGCACGGCGGGGUGGACAUCUGCAUCAACAACGCCGGCCUGGCCCGCCCGGACAGCCUGCUGGCGGGCAGCACCAGCGGCUGGAAGGACAUGUUCAACGUGAACGUGCUGGCCCUCAGCAUCUGCACGCGGGAGGCCUACCAGUCCAUGCGGGAGCGGAAGGUGGACGACGGGCACAUCAUCAACAUCAACAGCAUGUCCGGCCACCGCGUGGCACCGCAGUCCAUGACCCAUUUCUAUAGCGCCACCAAGUACGCCGUCACCGCGCUGACUGAGGGUCUGAGGCAAGAGCUGCGGGACGCCCAGACCCACAUCCGAGCCACGUGCAUCUCCCCGGGACUGGUGGAGACGCAGUUCGCCUUCAAGCUCCACGACAAGGACCCCGAGAAGGCGGCCGCCACCUACGAGAACAUAAAGUGUCUCAAACCUGAAGAUGUGGCCGAGGCCGUCAUCUACGUCCUCAGUGCCCCCCCCCACGUCCAGGUGAGUCUGACCCCGAUCGUCCGCCCCCCUCCCCCCCUGGGGGAGCCCGGCAUCCCAAAGGAGGAGGCGAGCAGGGGCUCUCAGGGGUGGGCAGCGCGGGCGCCUCAGCCUCAUGCCUCCCGCAGAUCGGAGACGUCCAGAUGAGGCCCACGGAGCAGGUGAUCUAGACGCCUGUGGGCAGCUCCUCCACGCCCCUCCCGGCCGGGCAACUGCCUCUGAGUGUAGUGUGGGCUCGGGGGCCCCUGCGUUUCACUUCUCCUGCCCCCAGGGAGGGUCGGGGAAUUUGAGGUUUUUACAUCUUGUUGAUUUUUUUUCCCACUGCGAAUGUGAAGAAAAUGGGGUGGGGAGAGGAGGUGGGUGUCCCUGAGCUGGCCGGAACCUGUUCUUGGUCCCCUUCUUGGUGUCUUCCUUGUGACCUAGGGAGGGAACUGUGGCCCAAAGGUGGGGGGGGGGCUUCCCCUAUUUCUUGCACACACACCCCGCCCCAUUCAUUCCUGAGGGAUGCGGGGGCCCAGAGCUCUGUGUGUGUGUGUGUGAGUGCCGCCCCAGGCCUCCAGCCGGCCCUCUCCCCCUGCCUGCUGCCCAGGUGCCCCUCCCCUUCCCUGCGCUGGCUCCUCACCUCAGCGGGAUGGUCUCUGCCCCGUGGCAGCAGAGUAUCGGGCCUGCCUCCGCAGUGGAUUUCCCUGGAUCAUUAAAAGAAAAAUUGC